AGUGCGCAAACGCUUAAUUAUAUUUUUUUUUAUCACAAAAAAAAUAUUUUUGUAUUAGUAUUUUUACUAUUGUCCACAGUUUUGCAAAAAUUGAGUGUUAUAUUAAUCACACCCCACGUUUUGUGUCAAAGAAGACAUGUUAAUUGUGAAAAUCUUAAUUGAAGAGUUUUGUGUAAAAAUUUAAUUUUUGUAGUUUUUUUCACUUAGUAAUGUGUUCUGAGGUAAUAGUUGGUAUUUGUGACUUGUCAAGUGUAAUUUUCCGGGUUUUUUGCACAUAACCUCAAAAAAUGUGUCAAGUGGAAAUUAAAGAUUUCCGAUACUUAACUACAUGAUGUGUUCAAAUUAAUAUUUAAACCAGGCGAUUCUCUAUUCACGUCUAUAAAUUUCAUGAAAAUGUCGCAUUUGACUGAACAUUUAAUAAUCGGAACUGUGUUAUCAACUCUGUUUAUCAUUUUCAAUUAUUCUUUGCAUCGGAUCGAAGAAGGUCAUGUUGGGGUGUAUUUUAGGGGAGGAGCCCUUUUACCCGUUACAAGUUCGCCAGGGUAUCAUAUGAUGAUCCCUUUGCUAACGAUAUACAAAUCGGUUCAGGUCACCCUUCAGACCGACGAGGUGAAGAAUGUUCCUUGUGGCACCAGUGGCGGCGUUAUGAUUUAUUUCGAUAGGAUCGAAGUAGUUAAUCAUUUAAAUGCCAAUAGCGUUAUGGAUAUUGUCCGCAACUACACUGCCGACUACGACAAAACGCUGAUCUUCAACAAGAUCCACCACGAGUUGAACCAGUUUUGCAGCAUCCACACCUUACACGAGGUCUACAUCGAUUUGUUUGACCAAAUCGACGAGAACCUCAAACAAGCCCUCCAACGCGAUCUGCUCGAAAUGGCCCCCGGCCUCACCAUCCAAGCCGUUCGCGUAACAAAACCAAAGAUCCCUGAAGUGAUUCGCAAAAACUACGAAUUGAUGGAGGGGGAAAAAACCAAAUUGUUGAUAGCGACCCAACACCAGAAAGUUGUGGAGAAAGAUGCUGAAACUGAACGAAAACGAGCUGUGAUUGAGGCGGAAAAAGAAGCGCAAGUUGCCAAAAUCCAAUACCAGCAAAAAAUAAUGGAGAAGGAGUCGUUGCAACGAAUUGCUCAAAUCGAGGACGAAAUGCACUUAGCGCGACAGAAAAGUCACGCAGAUGCGGAGUUUUACAGGAUGAAGCAACAAGCUGAAGUGAAUAAAUUGUUGUACACACCACAGUAUAUCGAACUGAAAAAGUACGAGUCUUUGUCACAAAACAACAAAGUUUAUUUCGGAAAAGAUAUUCCGCAGACUUUUAUUAGUUCGGGGUGUUCUGGUGAGGCUUUCGUUGAUAAAAAAAAGUUAGAAGGGCGACCCUGACUGUAAAUAAAGUUAUCGAAUUUUAAA